GCGCCUGCGCCCGCCCCCGCACCCGCCCGCGCCGCCAGCCCGUCCCGCCUCCGCGGGGAGCGCCGUGGAGGGGGCGGCCCCGGCCGCCGGAGACCCGCGGAGCCGGCCUCUGCCAGCCGGCCGGCGGGAGUUCGUUCUUCCGGUGCGCCGAGCCGGCGGCGGCGGCCGCAUGGAGCCCGUUGACCCGGGGGAGCGGCUGGUCCCGGAGGCCCGGGUGCACUUCCGAGUGAGCAGGUUCAUCAUGGAGGCAGGCAUCAAGCUUGGGAUGCACUCCAUCCCCAUCGCCACAGCCUGCACCAUUUACCACAAGUUCUUUUGCGAAAUCAGCCUGGACGCCUAUGACCCCUACUUGGUUGCCAUGUCUUCCCUCUACUUGGCUGGCAAAGUGGAAGAGCAGCACCUGCGCACACGUGACAUCAUCAAUGUGUCCAACAGGUACUUCCACCCCGGCAGCGAGCCCUUGGAACUGGAUGCUCGCUUCUGGGAGCUGCGGGACAGCAUCGUGCAGUGCGAGCUGCUUGUCCUUCGUGUUCUGCGUUUCCAGGUCAACUUCCAGCACCCACACAAGUACCUGCUCCACUACCUGGUUUCCCUCAAGAAUUGGCUGAAUCGCUACAGCUGGCAGCGGACACCCGUCUCUGUCACGGCCUGGGCCCUGCUCCGGGACAGCUACCACGGGGGGCUGUGCCUCCGCUUCCGGGCACAGCACAUAGCCGUGGCGGUGCUCCACCUGGCCCUGCAGGCCUAUGGGGUCGAGGUGCCCGCCGAGGCCGAGGCCGAGAAGCCAUGGUGGCAGGUGUUCAGUGACGACCUCACCAAGCCAAUCAUUGACAGCAUCGUUUCUGCUCUCAUUCAGAUCUACACCAUGGAUACAGGGAUCCCCUAGGGCCUGCCCUGGGUCCCCAGGAGAAACCCGGGUGCCUGGCCCCCACAGGCCCAGCCUGGAUGGUUGGCAGGCAUGGACUGCUGAGGGCUGUGCACACGGCUGCAGGAGCAUCUGUGCCUGGUGGCCCGGGCCGGAAGCCAUACCUGCAGCGGGCCGGCCGGAGUGUGGCUGGCCCCGUUGUCGGAGAGGACAGCAGCUGUACGGGAAGCCAGCUCACUGCACAGGAGAUCAGAGAGCAGAUGGGAGUGGAACCUUGGGGGGUUUUAAAGCCAGAUUUUUAGCAAGUAUGAAAUGUGCAACCCAGAUGGAACUCUAUUUUGUGUAAUAAAAGAUGAUACUAAUUA